AAAAUGUUCUACCAGGCGCUUCGCAACAGUGGCGGACACUUGCACCGUUGGAUGAUGGAUACAUUGAUUGCAAAUUCGCAGCCGCCAGCAGCCGACUAUCUCUACGACCACAGCGUUUGCUCACCCGAUCGAUUGACGCUCUCUCGAUUGCGUGCAGCCGAAUAUGUGCGCAGUGUACUGUGCGCAAUCUGUUCAGUACACGCAUUUCUUCCGUUCGAUGCACAUUUCCUGGCCCCGUUCAACAGUGCAACAGCUGCGAAAAUGACGCACGCAAAAUCGCGCAUAUGCCGGCUUGUUGAUGAAAAUGGCAUUACAGUAACAUUACCGGUAAAAAUAUGUCAAUUUUACUUUGAUUACUUGAUGUUAUGGUAA